AUGCAAAGCUCUUUUUAAUAGAAGGACCUAACUGACAUAUUUGAUUCAGUAAAAGAUGUAGAUAUAAAAAUCUUUGGUGUCAUACUAGAAAUAUUAAGAAAGGAGAAAGGUAAAGAUUGCAUUGGAUUUUUAUCAGAUAUUGGGAAUCAGAAACAAUUAGAAUUAUAAAUUUUAGAAUAAGUAAGGAAUAUCACCCAAGCUGAUACUGAAUAAAAAUUGUCUCUUGUAAGAGAAGACAUGAAAUAAAUGACAGAGGUCUUAAAAAAAUUAAAAGAUCAUGAUUUCAACAACUAAGACUUUUCCUCAGAAGAAAAUGAAGAUUUUACAUUAAUUCUAAUCAACUUCAUUUAGGAUAAUAGAAGGAUCAUAGAAUUUCUCUAAUUUUUAGUUCACCUCACAUCCAUUGAUGAAACUUUUAUAUAAUGUGGGUCUAAUGCAUUUCAUCUAUUAGUUUAGGUUUAGGUGGACCUUAAAAACAAAAAUUAUGAAAAUAUAAAGAUCUAAAAUACAUCCCUUGUAGGAGCUAAUUUUGUUAGGUGUAAUUUAAGUGGAUCCUAAUUUAAUAAUGUCAACAUAAGUGGAAUAAAUUUGAAUGGAGCAUUAUUAUUGUAUUGUAAAUGGAACAACUUAAGAAUCCAUGAAUUAAAUACAUAAAAUGGUCAUAAUGGUAGUGUGUGGUCAGUCUGUUUCUCUUCUGAUGGAAAUACAUUAGCUUCUGGUAGUAGUGAUACCUCUAUCCGUCUAUGGGAUGUCAAAACAGGAUAAUAAAAAGCCAAAUUAGAUGGUCAUACUAGUUAUGUUAGAUCAGUCUGUUUCUCUCCUGAUGGAAAUACAUUAGCUUCAGGUAGUGAAGAUAUGUCAAUCCGUCUAUGGGAUGUCAAAACAGGAGAAUAAAAAGCAUAAUUAGAUGGUCAUGGUAAAUAUGUUGUGUCAGUCUGUUUCUCUCCUGAUGGAAAUACAUUAGCUUCUUGUAGUGAUGAUAAGUCUAUCCGUCUAUGGGAUGUCAAAACAGGAUAAUAAAAAGCCAAAUUAGAUGGUCAUAGUGAUUGGGUCUACUCAGUCUGUUUCUCUCCUGAUGCAAAUAUAUUAGCUUCUGGUAGUUAUUAAGAAAUCCGUCUAUGGGAUGUCAAAACAGGAUAAUAAAUAGCAAAAUUAGAGGGUCAUGAGAAUUGGGUUAUGUCAGUCUGUUUCUCUUCUGAUGGAAAUACAUUAGCAUCCGGAGGUGGUAAUUAAUUUGAUGAUGGUGAUAACUCUAUCCGUCUAUGGGAUGUCAAAUUAUAAUAAUAAAAGGCAAAAUUAGAUGGUCAUAGUGGAUAUGUUAUGUCAGUCUGUUUCUCUCCUGAUGGGAAUACCUUAGCUUCUGGUAGUGUAGAUAAAUCUAUCCGUCUAUGGGAUGUAAGGACAGGAUAAGAAAAUAAAUCCUUUGAUAAAACCUACAAAGAUAUUCUUGCAUAAUUUAAGAUUCCACUCCAAUAAAACAGCUAUAUUUCCGAAGGUAGUAUUUAUCCCCUAUCAUAUUUUUAGCUUCCAACUACAUCGCUACACUCCUUAUAUCCAAAAAAGCAAUAUUUCAGGCUAAGGGAGCUUUAAUCUUGAAUGGAGAUUUUGUAAAUUCUGAAGGAUACGAUUUAAGAUAAUUAUUCAAAUCAUAAGGAUGCUGCUUUUUAGAAGACUUUAAGUAAGAGUCAGCAUGA